AUGGCGGCCUAUCCCGAGAGCUGCGUGGAUGCCGCAGUGCUGGACUUUGUCGCAGACCUGUCCCUGGCCUCCCCCGGGGGGCCUCUCCUCUGUGACUUUGGGACUGGAAUCCCCUUUGGGGAGCGAAAGCUUGCGCUCCGAGAUGGAAGGCCCAGGAGGCUGGUACACUUGGAGGAGGGGGGCCCAGAGGAUGAGGAGGGCGAAGUAGAAGAGGGGGACGAAGAGGAGGAGGAAGAGGAGGAGGAGGAGGAAGAAGAGUGCGAGAGGGGUGCCUCGCUGCUGGGCCGUCCCAAGAGGAAAAGAGUGAUCACCUAUGCCCAGCGCCAGGCUGCCAACAUCCGUGAGCGGAAACGGAUGUUCAACCUCAAUGAGGCCUUUGACCAGCUGCGAAGAAAGGUGCCCACGUUUGCUUAUGAGAAGAGGCUGUCCCGAAUCGAGACCCUGCGCCUGGCCAUUGUCUACAUCUCGUUCAUGACCGAGCUGUUGCAGAGCUGCGAAAAGAAAGAAGCCCACUGA